UCGUGCUCGCUCUGUGGCUGGCGUGGCAAGAAGCGCCCGCGGCGCCGACCCCCACGGCGGAGGACAUCACCCGCGGAGUUGACUGGCUGACAAAAUUUGGGUAUCUGCCUCCUCCGGAUCCUGUCACAGGGCAGCUGCAGACGCAGGAGGAGCUCACCAAGGCCAUCACUGCCAUGCAGAGGUUCGGGGGGCUUGAGGCCACGGGAGUCCUAGAUGAAGCCACCCUGGAGCUGAUGAAGACCCCUCGCUGCUCUCUGCCUGACCUCACCAUUGAAGAGACCCGGAGGAAGCGAUUUGCCCAGGCUGUCACCAAGUGGAGCAAAAGGAACUUGUCAUGGAGAGUUCGCGCUUUCCCAAAAGAGUCCCAGCUGGGCCAUGACACUGUCCGAGCCCUGAUGUACUAUGCCCUGAAGGUCUGGAGUGACAUCACCCCGCUGAAUUUCCAUGAAGUGGCAGGAAACAAUGCUGACAUCCAGAUAGACUUCUCCAAGGCAGAUCACAAUGAUGGCUAUCCCUUUGAUGGGCCUGGUGGGACAGUGGCACAUGCUUUCUUCCCUGGAGACCAUCACACAGCAGGGGACACUCAUUUUGAUGAUGACGAAUAUUGGACCUUCCGAUCAUCAGACACUCAUGGGAUGGACCUAUUUGCUGUAGCUGUCCAUGAGUUCGGCCAUGCCAUUGGCCUGACCCACAUCUCUGCCAUAGAGUCUAUCAUGAGACCCUACUACCAAGGUCCAGUGGGCGAUCCUCUGAAGUAUGACCUGCCUUACGAGGACAAAGUCCGGAUCUGGCAACUCUAUGGAGUCAGGGAAUCAGUGUCCCCCACAGCCAAGUCUGAACUAAGCAAAACAGAUGACCAUCCAAUCCUGCCAGAGCUGCCAGAGAACCGCUCCACUGUCCCGCUCAGGCGGGAUGUGCCCAACAGGUGUAAAACACACUUCGAUGCAGUGGCCCAGAUCCGGGGAGAGGCUUUCUUCUUCAAAGGCAAGUACUUCUGGAGACUGACUCGCAAUAAGCACUUGGUCUCCCUCCAGCCGGCUCAGAUUCACCGUUUCUGGCGGGGCUUGCCACUCAACCUGGACAGCUUGGACGCAGUCUACGAGAGAACCAGCGACCACAAGAUUGUCUUCUUUAAAGGAGACAGAUACUGGGUCUUCAAAGACAACAACGUGGAGGAAGGGUACCCACGGCCCAUUUCAGACUUUGGCUUGCCCCUGGGAGGAAUCGACGCUGCUUUCUCCUGGGCUCACAAUGACAAGACCUAUUUCUUUAAGGACAAUCUCUACUGGCGCUACGAUGAUCAGGAGCGGAGGAUGGAUUCUGGGUAUCCUUCAGAGGCCAUCCUGUGGAAGGGAAUACCCAGCCCCUUAGAUGAUGCCAUGAGGUGGUCAGAUGGCGCAAGUUACUUCUUCAAGGGCAAGGAGUACUGGAAGGUGCUGGACAGCGAGCUGGAGGUGCAGCCCGGGUACCCACAGUCCAUCGCCAGGGACUGGCUGGUGUGCAGUGACAUGCAGGCUGACGCCCCCGAGGCAGCCGGGAACAGGAGGACUGGGGCGCGCUCCAGGCUGGGGCAGCACGACGAGAGCCGCUCAAAGAAUGGCUAUGAGGUCUGCUCCUGCACCUCGGGCACCCCAUCUCUGCGCCCCCAUGCCAUACCUAGACUGACAGCCAGCCUCGUGCUGGCUGUGUGGACAGCAGCACUGGUCUGUGCAGCCCUAUGACAGCUCAUCGCACCACCGGGACAACACCACGGUGCUUCGGAAUACUGCUCCAUGAUUGCUAACUGUUGCAAGCAGAAAAAGAAACAUUCCUAGGAACAUGCCAGUGAAGGGUUUGAAUUCUCCAUGAGAAAUGAACAGUGAUCUUGUUUUGGAGUUUUCUUUUUUUUUUCAUUUUUGUUUAAAGGUCUAAUAACAGGGUUGAGUUCUUAUUCCCCCAUCCAGUUAAAGAUGAGAGCAGCCUCAUGCUGAAUUUAGAAAAGCUCCAUAAAGAUGUGUUGCUCUGGAUGUUUAAACACAGCAAACGAGGGGAGAGCUCCUGGGAUGGAGUGGGGAAAGAAGAGAUGCUGCUGAGAUAGACAGCAACAGAAAGGCAGCCAGCAGGAGGUAGUAGUUAUGUGCUGAAACAAAGUACACAUCCCAUUGGAUGUACUAGGUAGAAGAAAUGGUGACAACACUAAGAUUAACUGUGAUCGUUGUUUUACUGUCAAGCCUGCUGUAGUCACUGGCAUCUGGGUAAUCUGUAUCAGUUUCUAUGGGUCAGAAACACCUUUGCCUUUCAGAAGGCACUGCAGCUUAUCUUUGUAUACGAGUAAUUGUAAAUUAACAAUUCCUCUAAUAAACCUUG